GUAAGAAGUACAAACUGUUUUACCACCUGUUUAUCGGUAAAAAUAUUGAUCACACUUGACCCUUUGUCUACAAGGAUGUUUCCUCAUUCCAGAACAUUUCCUGCUUGGCUUGUUAAUCACUGUGUUUGAGCAGAGCGACCAACACUUGCACCAUGUCGCUGUCUCUGCUGCUGCUGCUGCUGCUGCUGGGCAGCUCCCAGACAUCUCAUUUUACUGGAACUGUCAUGACCUUCUACCCAAAAGACCGCAGCCCAGAUGGAUCGGUCACGGUCGUCCUUCGCUAUAAGAGAAACUUCCACUUGGGAGGCGGCGACACGUGGAGGUGCUUCAGGGGCAACUGUGGGAAUCAGAGUUCUUUGACACUGAACAGAGUUUCCCAGGAGAGGAGCGGAGACUGGCUCCAGGAUGAGGGAGUCAUGACUCGGCAGGUUCCCGACAGCGGUGCCUUUCAGCUGUGGUUGAACAGUGGUAACUGGAUAAAUAACAUCAGAAAUGGCAUUGUAAGAUGGAGAGCCGUGACGCUGGUCGAUCUGAGGAUCCGUUCCGACACCAGCAGGGCCAACGCGUCCCCUCAGACCACCAUCCUGCCAGUUGUGAGAGUUCCUUCAAACUGUCAGAGAGAUUUCAACCUGUUGGCCUUUGACCCUGACGGAGACGAGGUCAAAUGUAGGUAUGGAAACACAUCACUGUCAGAGUGUAACCCCUGCACGCCAGCGUCUGUCCUCCGCCUCUCACCGUCGUGUACUCUGUCAUUCAGCGCCACCAACAGCAGUGAUGAAGGUCCGUACGCAGUCCAGCUGGUGAUGGAGGACUUUCCAAGACAGACGAUCACCCUGAAUCAAGGCAAAGAAGGGCAGACGAACAUAACUACAAACAACGCUAUCAGCAAAAUACCCGUCCAAUUUGUUCUACAGGUGGAUCCUGCGGUGCCAUCCUGCACAGAGGGACUCUAUUUGCCCACGUUCCUGCCUCCAACACCGGCCAACAGAGCUCGACUUUACACCCCCGUCAAUCAGACCCUGGACAUCAGCAUUAAAGCAGCUGCAACUUACUCCACGGUCUCUGAGCUACUGGUCAGCGGGCCCCACAACGUGAACCAGACCAGAUCAGGACCAGGUCAGUUUACCCUGAGCUGGACGCCGUCUCAGAGCGAAGAGGGAGAGAGUCAACCCAUCUGCUUCAUCGUCCAAGCACUUUCCAAUUCAACAAAGUAUCACUCUGAGCAGCGAUGUGUCAUCGUCAGUGUUGGAAACGAUACAUCACCAAGCGCUGAACCAACUACAGAGGGACCUACGCCAUCGUCCCAACAAAUUGUCAUUCGCUUGACAGCAAGGAUUAUCUCUGUGGUGAAUCUGACUGAGGAAGACAUCAGGAGUACGGUCCUACAGCAGUUUAAAGACGAACUGGUGAAACUUGGAUUGCCACCCAGCACCAAUCUGACGUUACUGGGGAAGGUGUAACUGGAAAUUACAGCCACCGGUGACCCCUGCUGAUUCAGUGUGGUCACUAAUCCACGGGAGUCAUUAAUUUGUUACACUGGUCUCAGGUGUCUGAGUUUUGAAUUGAAUAACCGUGUAAGCUUGUAACUGUGGAUUGAUUUAGCUGCUGUUGCCUUUUAAAAUAAACAUUGUUGACUUAUAUAGUUUGUCUUUGAAUCUCCCCUAAGACAUAUAAGACAGCUCCUGGUUGACGGGAGUCACUAAUUUCUUAAUACGGACACUGU